GGGUCUGUGCAGCGCCAGGCGCAACGAGGCCCCUGAGGUUGGUUGGCACUACCGUAAUACAUGUAGCAGAGGUGCAGGCCCCCUACCCCCCCGCAGCAUUUGGGCCCCCAUUGGAAUCAGAAGUGGAGAUUUUCCAUUGUGGUCGGUGGCUCAUUUCCUAGAGCUGGGUUUCUCCCAGUGCCUCUGUCCCAGUCCUGCCACUUCCCCAUCGCUGGCCGCGCGGCUGCUCACCAUGGCCGUGACUCUGCCAGUCCUACUCUUGACAGUCGCUCUGCCGAAGCCAUCCCUCGUCUGGGAUCGGGCCGCAGGUGCCGAGGCGGGAAUCAGGCUGCGCUGCUCCGUCCCGGGGCCGCUCGGGGACGGCUGGUUCACCCUGCACCGGGACGGCACACCAGGCCCUGUGGCCGAGGAGCAGGCCCCAGCGCAGGGCUCAGAGGUCACGUUCCUGCUGCCCAGCAUCGGCCCUGGCGAGCGGUACCGGUGCGGCUACUGGAACCGGGAUGCGGCCGGGGGGCGGGUGAAGUCCCCGCUCAGCGACCCCGCUAACGUCACCAGCGAUCGCUACCCCAAGCCAUCCAUUGCCGUCAGCCCCGGCGCGGAGGUCUUGACCGGUCAGACCUGGACGAUCCGGUGCUGGGCUCCGUAUGAGGGGAUGAGCUUUGUGCUGUACCGGGCGCGGGAGUUUUGGACUGAGCGAGCGCCUCGCGGAGACCCCCCCACGGCCGAGUUCCACCUGGGGAACGCCAGUGCCGCCAACGCGGGGAGAUACACCUGCUACUAUCACAGCACCAGCGAGCCCUUCGCCUGGUCCAAUGCCAGCAACGCCCUGGAGCUCAGCGUCAUAGACGUUCCCAGCGCCCGGGAGAGGUUCGUGGACGUGGGCAGGAAGCUCCGGGUGAAUUGCUCCAUCCCCGACGACCUGGGUGGCUGGUUCUUCCUGUACCGAGACGGGGAUCCCAAGCCCCUGGCCUGGAUUGCAGCCGAUGGGGACAAUGGGCCGGCCGGCUUCGAUCUCCCAGAGGAGCAGGCCCUGGGCCCCGGUGGGGUCUUCAGCUGCCACUACGGGCCGGAGGAACCGGGCACCCAUUUCGACCUGGAUCUCAAUGACAUGGAGGUGCAGACCCAAGGCUCGCACUCCAGGGGCAGCAAUUACAGCCAGAGCAACGUACUGCGGCUGGGCCUGGGGGCUGCCGUCCUGCUCCUGGCGCUGCUCUUUGUAGCCCAGGCCUGCUGGGAGGAGAGACACCUGCAAGGCUGAGGCCAGCUGUCAUGGGCCUGCAAGCAACUAAGGGAAGGAAUAGGCCCCCCCACUCCAUGCAGCCGCCUCUGCUGGGAUUCACCCCCCACUCCACCUUGCCCCCCACCUGGUCUACCCCACCCCCUCCCUUCCAGCCCCCCAGCCCCCACCUACCAACCACCCCUUCAUCCUGUCCAACCCAGUCCUCUCUAUUCCCCCGCCCCCAUUAGCCUCCCCCAACAUACUGUGAUCUUGCCCCCCAACAUCCUCUCCACCCUGGACUAUCUCAGCCCCUCCCACCAGCUCCCCACUCUGCCCCCAUCGCAGCCUAUGGCCGCCCCAGAUUCUAGGGUGGGUUCCCCAUCGCCCUGGCAAAGGGAGAGCAGACGUUUCAGAGCAGGGGGAGCCCUGGGGGAGCCCACCUGGUCCCUGGAAUGGUCAGUCAAGCACCCCCACAAGGCGGGCAGGGGAGCUGCCAGCGGGAGAGGGCUGAGGGAUGGUACCAGACGUCUCCCCCUUCUGGAGCCGCGAGCGCUGGGCUUCACCACUGUCCGGCACCUCCUGUAUUUAUAUGGACCCACUCUGGUUAUACGGACUAGGGACUGGUCCUCAAUAAAGAAAGUGUG